AUGGCUCUGCCUCUGGUAAUUUUAGUUUCAAUUUUUGUUCUCAGUCUUCUGUACCAGAGGCAAAGGUUCAAGCUACCACCGGGUCCACGACCGUGGCCGAUAGUUGGGAACCUCUGUGACAUUAAGCCUAAUAGGUUCAGAUGUUUUGCAGAAUGGGCUGAGUCUUACGGACCAAUUAUUUCAGUUUGGUUUGGUUCAACUUUAAACGUAGUUGUGUGUAAUGCAGAAUUGGCUAAGCAAGUUCUCAGAGAGAAUGACCAGCAGUUGGCUGAUAGACAAAGAACUAGAUUGUCUGCUAGGGUUAGUAGAGAUGGUAAGGAUCUUAUAUGGGCCGACUAUGGCCCUCACUAUGUUAAGGUCAGGAAAGUUUCUACUCUCGAGCUUUUCUCAGCAAAGAGACUUGAGGAGCUUAGACCCAUUAGAGAAGAUGAGGUUACUUUCAUGGUAGAAGCUAUUUUCAAGGAUUGCACCAUUUCAGAAAACCACGGAAAGAGUUUGUUGGUGAAGAAAUAUUUGGGAGAGGUGGCUUUCAAUAAUAUUACAAGACUAGCAUUUGGGAAGCGAUUUAUGAAUCCUGAGGGCAUAAUUGAUGAGCAAGGCCUAGAAUUCAAGGCGAUCGUUACCAAUGGACUUAGGUUGGGUGCAUCACUGACCAUGGCGGAGCACAUUCCAUGGCUUCAAUGGAUGUUUCCACUGGAGGAAGAAGCAGUUGCCAAGCAUAACGCUCGUGGAGACAGGCUGACUAGAGCUAUUAUGGAGGAACACAGCAAUGCUCGCAAGAAAAGUGGAUAUGCCAAGAAACAUUUUGUUGAUGCAUUGCUUACAUUGCAAGAAAAGUAUGAACUUAGUGAGGUUACAAUAAUGGGUCUCCUUUGG